UUAAAUAUUACAUAUUUUUUUUUAUCAACGCAUCGAUUUAAAAACGUGAGAUAAAAAGAAAAAGACGUUUCGAAAUUUGAAUCUAGAUAUUCGCGCGUAAUUUAUACAAUUUUAAUUCUUUUUUUAUUUUUUUUAAUUGUGUGCCAGUAUUUUAGUUAUUUUUUUUAUUAAAAAGGUUGUGGUUUAUUUAUAAUGUGACUCUGUGUGGUGAAUGUGUUCAUAUUCAAGGAGAAAUUUCUAAUAGAAAUUGCGACACUUCUCGCUCCGUAGGUUAGGUUCAUUGCUUCAAUGCGGCAUUGAAAAGGUACAAUUACGAAAUUAAUUUACAACAACAUCACCGAAUCACGGAAUUGACAAUAAAUGAGUAUAAUUAAAAAUUAAUAAACUAGUUUUAGUUGCUAGAAAUAUCGUCGUUGUGAAAGACGUGUGUUAUAUUUGUGCGAACUAAAUUUAUAAGUGUUUAUUAAAAAAAUGAAGGACUUUGUGCAAAUCUGGAGCCGGGUCACGGGGAGGAGGUAUUCGUCUGUGAACACGAACGAACGGGAGUUGGGAGAUUUAUCGAAUAAUCGUGUGAAAAGAGGCGACAUCGAUACAUCGGUGAUCGAGGCGAAUUUAGCGGAAUGCGAAGUGCUUAACAGCAAAUUCGUUGAUGAUCUUGAUUUUAAUGAUCGGAAAAAUGCGAUCAUCAAUCGAUUGUUCGAAAGGAGAAAACAGGGUCAGAUCGGGAGACAGCCGAAAUGUCUAUUUAUUCUACUCAUGCUGGGUUUCUUCGCGUUAGCAGCUGGCUGCUUCAUUCUUUUCCUGCAUCCCUACGAUUUCCUCUUCAGACAAAAAGUGGUCCUGUCGAACGGAGGUGAGAUCUUCGAGAUGUGGCGCAAACCUGAAGUGGACCUUUACUGCAGAGUCUACCUGUUCAAUGUGACCAACGCUGAGGAAUACCUGGCCGGCACUGAUGAUAAACUCAAGCUGAAGGAGGUCGGACCUUAUGUUUACAAGGAAGGCUUAGAACAUGAGAUAACAGGCUUCAAUUCCAACGGGACCCUCUCGGCUAUACCCAAACACCCCCUGACCUGGGUGGAAGAACUCUCCGAGGGAAACAAAGAAGACGACAUCUUGUUUCUACCUCACAUCGCUCUGUUGAGCAUAGCCAACGUGGUGGCUCGUCAGGGCAUCAUGACCAAAUUCGGUCUGAACAACUUGAUCACGAUAACGAAUACCCAGCCGCUGGCCAAGAUGACAGCUAGAGAGUUCAUGAUGGGGUACAAGUCGGAGCUGAUGACCCUGGGGAACACCUUCAUGCCUGGGUGGAUCUACUUCGAUAAACUUGGGCUUAUUGAUCGGAUGUACGAUUUCAACGGUGAUUUUGAAACGAUCUACACGGGCGAGAACAAUCUGGACUAUUCAGGACUCAUCGACACCUACAAGGGCUCCAGCGACCUCCCCCACUGGGAGGGCACCCACUGCUCCAAUGUCAGGAACGCGUCCGAUGGCACCAAGUUCAAAGGGGGUGUUACCAGGAAUGAAUCCAUCCUGUUUUAUAGGAAGAGUUUGUGCCGGGCUGCACCAUUGGUACCGAUAGAUGAGGGGGUGAAGAGCGGCCUAAACGCUUACAUGUAUACAUUCCCGGAGAAUAUGUUGGACAACGGGAAAUAUAUUGAGGAGAACAAAUGCUUCUGUCGAAAAGGUAAAUGCCUACCAGCCGGUCUCAUCGACGUAACGGACUGCUAUUACGGAUUUCCAAUAGCUCUGUCCUACCCUCAUUUCUAUAAAGGUGACGACAUUUUGUUCAGCAAAGUCGAGGGUCUUACGCCGAACAGAGAAGCUCAUGAGACCAGAUUCUGGAUCGAACCUACCUCCGGCCUCCCCCUGGACGUGAGCUCCAAACUGCAGAUCAACAUGGCCUUGGAAGACCUGUCCUCGAUCAAGAACGCUAAAAGAUUUUCCAACAUGUAUCUGCCAUUGCUUUGGUUUGAUAUUAGAAUGUACUCCCUAACGCCUUCACUGGAACACAGGUUCAAUCUAUACCUCAACGUUUUACCAAUCGUUGAACAAGGCGCCAUGUACCUCCUCUUCAUAUCUGCGGCCUGCCUCAUACUCUCCUCCGUUUACAUCCUCACCUUUAAGGUCAUGUUUAAAACCGUAAACAAGAAGAAACAAAGAAACAUCGUCAUCGGUAGCGAAAUGUGGGUCGAAAAGGAGAAGAAAAAAAGCAGAGACACUGUUUACUCACCCUGUGAAAUCCCCCUGAAUGACACAGAAUCUGAUUCCGAUCCGCAAUUCGAUCAGGAAAGAAGACCAUCCCUCUUGAAAACGCACAGUGAUAGAAUAAAAGAAUUAAGUCACAAAUUAAGCGACAAAAUGUACGACUCGGUCGGCACGGUCAAAGAUUUAGUUUGUGAUGAAAUAACCCAUGUGAAAAAUAUAUUCAGUGAUAGGAGGAACUCUGUGAAAAUUCAAGAAACAAAUGACGCUUACAAAAGUGAUUCCGGGGAUGAUGAACGCGAUUACGGUUAUAAAUCAGUUAGACAAACAGACAGUGAUGAUGAAUGCAAAUAUUUGGAAGUUAUAGAUGACGGCAGUGGAUUCGAAGACGAGCCUAAACAUUUCGAAAGCGAAAGAUGUAAUCAGUUGAAAGAAUUAGAUUCUAGAAUAGAUGAUCAAGAAAUGAUAUUACAUAUAUCGGAAUGAUGAACGAUUCUUGCCUUUUAUGACUGAUGUGUUCCAAAUUAUGGAAAUGAGUUUUGUUAAGACUUUGAACGUUGAAAUGUGAUAUUUUUGAUCGGUGAAUCGAAUUGAACAAUGAUUUAGAUAAGACUGUGUGUGUGUGUGGUCUGCCCCUCAGUUUUAAAGCCUACUUAAAGUUCCUUGUUUAUGACAUACCAAAAAUCUAAAUUGUGUUGUUCUUUUUCGAUAUGAAAUCUGCAAAAUUAUUCUCUCAAACGUUACAUUUUUUAAGCCAGAUUUUUUUUUAUUUUCUCAAUUUGUGUUUUUUUGCAUCAGAUCAAAUGUAUGAGAUAAUAAAUAAUUUUAAAUCGUGACUGAAAUUAGUUUGCUCAAAUUUUCAGGGUAUGUUGUGUUAUAGUGUAAAAUAGUAUAUUAUUUUGGAUAAGAUUAUUUUAGUUUUAAGAAUAAUAUGAUGUACCUUAGAUUUGCGGCAAAAUAUUAGAUUAAUAUUUUCAAUGAUGUAAUUUAAGAAUUCAUUAUAAUUUUAUAUAAUGUGCUGAUAAUUGCCAUUUUACAGGAACAGGGUAAAAUUAAUUAAGAUUAUGGGAAACAAUACUGUUUAAUUUUCGUUAAAUAUGUACGAACAAUAUAACUUGAGGCCAUUUUUACAUUCUUUGCUCAUAUUCAAUCAUUGGCAGGUCUUAAUUAUAGGUCAUUUUUUAUUACUACCUACUUAAACUGAAUACCAAAAUCUGUUCUGUUAUAAAGUAGUUUUUUGUAUUUUUGAAGUUAUUUUCUUAUUUAAAGAAUGAAUCUUUUUUUUUAAGUUAUAGUUUGAAGUAUUUUUAUUUUCUAAUUCAUGAUGUUAAAUAGUGUCGAAGAUAACUGUGUGGGAUCUUUCAUAACUGUAUCGUUUGGUUUGUGCCAUUUAUUAUGAAACAGCACACAUUUACAUAUUUGUUUAUAAAAUUAUUAAAAAAAUUAUCUAAGUAUUUCAAAAUCAAUAUAGAAUUUUGUAAAUCUCAUAAAAAAUUAAAUAUGUACUGUUGAAAUGCACUUUUUUUUAUGAUAUGCUCAAAAAAUUGUUGCCAGUUAAGAGUGCAAAUUCUUAAUGUAAUAAAAUUAGAAUUUUUAUGUAAUAAUUUCGGAUAUUUACCGUAGUUUUUCAAAUAAGUUACUUGAAUUUUUUUACAAGACAAUAAUUUUAUUCAGAAAAAUCUGAAGAACUCGAAAUUUUAUUAAACUGGUGAUUAUGUAUUUUCUGAAAUUUGACAAUAAUCUCGAAUAUAAGAAGAUCAAAGAGUCAUAUGUGAUAUGUCUUAGUUAUACAUUUAAAUCUUUAGUAUAAGUUGGUUUUAAACAAUAAUUUAUCUUUAUAAUUUUACACAAUUAGUGCAAUUUCCUGAAUUAUAUAAAAGACAUUCCCAAAAGUAUUGUAAAUAAUGUAUAAAUGUAGUAAAGCGCAACUAUAUGUGAUUCAAACAAAUAAUUAGGUAACACUUUAUAAAACACAUUUAAAUAUGUAAAAAAACAUGUUUUUAUCACACUUAAAUGUUUAAACAUUUAAUUUGCCUAACUACAAUUUUUUUUCUACAGAUUUUAUAAAUUUUUACACAGAAUUCAAUUUAGAUUUCGUAUUCGGAAAAUGAUGAUAAUAAAUGUAACUUUCAUAGCAGCGCGUGUAUAAUUUGAAUAGCGUUAAAAAUAUAGUUGCACUUUUAAAGAAUAAUGUUUUCGAUAACUUUUCUCUUAUGUUGGUAUA